AUUCCACGCUUUCAUACCAUCCAUCCAUCCACCAUAUCAUGCACCACCACAACUCCGAGGCUGCUCAGGCUCACGACCAGGUCGUCAACGCCCCCCACAAGUCUCACCUCUCUCAUGAACUGAUCGCCGCUGCUGCUUCGUACGAGGCCGCAAAGGCUUACCAGAACCACGUAGCUAAGAACGGUCAGCCCCCUUCUCACGAGAAAGCCAAGGAGCUGCUCGCUGCUUUCGGUGGCGCCUUCAUUGACCACAUGGUUGAGACCAAGGGACUUGACUUCAUUGACAAGCAGAAAGCUAAGAGCGAAGCCAAGAAACACGCCGAACAUGCAUACGAGAACGCACCUACCGAAUUCAGGGAGCAGUACUACGCUAACUAAAUUAUACCAUAGCCAGACCGUACGAUGAUGGUUUACUGUAUACUGUAACUUCGAGAGACGAAAGAAAUUUACUGUAUCAUACAUCCAC